AAGUUGACAUUUCUCUGACACUUAUCUCGUGAGUCUCGUGACAGCUUUUAAUAAAAAAAAUGGCAUAAUUUAGAGAAAAAUAGAAAACCAUGCUCUUAUAAUAGAGUAUUGACCUGUUUUAAUUUAAAGUUAGUAAAAUAAAAUGUUUGAACAUUCAAUAAAGGUACCGAGACAUUACAAGGUUGCAGCGAACAUUUUUAAAAAAGUUUCUACUGAAGGAGGCAGUGUAAAAAGUUUAUUGUACGACGAUAAACUCCGUCAUUUUAGGACCAACGUGCUGUAUGCUCUAAUAACAGAAACAAUAAAACAUGCAGCCGACAUAGAUAAAAUAUUUAAUAGUUGUAGCAUAUUAGAAAAUGAAUCUCGUUUAGAUCCAUGGUUGGCGAAGGUCCUCACUGCAGAACUCUUAUUCGGCAAAAAGACACUACCAGGGAAAAGCAAACCUGAGCAAACAGUACUUUCUUAUAAAGAUCAAUUUGAGAAAUAUGCUACUGACCAUCAAGAUGACUUGAAGACUGAAGUUGUCCGCAGACCUCGGUAUGUGCGAAUUAACACGAAUCUAUUGACAACCUCAGAUGCCAUUCGAGCAUUCCAAGACGAAGGUUACCGCUUUAUCAGAUGCACGUCCGGCGCCUACGACGACUAUCUCAAGCAGAUACAGAGCCUUACUGAAUAUGAUUUUACUCAAGAUUACCAUGUGAAGACGGUUUUCGUGUUCCCAUCAGGCACCAAGUUGCACGAGCAUGAACUGUAUUUAGAGAACAAAAUUAUUCUACAGGAUAAGGCCACAGCAUUAGCAGUCCAUUUGUUGGCCCCGCCCACAGGAAGCGUGGUGCUGGACAUGUGCGCUGCACCAGGCAUGAAGACUACCCAACUCGCCGCUUAUAUGAGGAAUGAGGGCAAAAUAUAUGCAGUUGAAAGAAACGAAAAAAGAUACAAGACCUUAUGUGACUUUGUUGAGAAAACUCACUCGAAAUGUGUGGAAACAAUACAUAAAGACUCAUUAGAAAUAAAACGAGGAGAGAUGGACGAUGUGGAAUAUAUACUGCUGGAUCCAAGCUGUUCCGGCUCUGGUAUGGAACUUUGCGUUCAUAAUUACAUCGACGCCACGAGAUUGUCUAAAUUAACAUCGUUACAAGAAAAGUUUCUAAAGCACGCUAUGAAUGCGUUCCCAAAAGCUAAAAGAAUAGUUUACAGUACUUGUUCAUUAUUUCCCGAAGAGAACGAGAGGGUGAUAACUAAUGUGGUGAAAACUUCCCGAGCUAAGUGGCGGGUCCAAGAUGUUAAAGAAUUAUUGAAAGGCAAUUGGAAUAAUAUAGGAUCUGGAAUGUAUGGCAGUAUGGGCACUAGAUGUUUGUAUGCAAGACCCGAUUCAGACUUGACUAUUGGAUUCUUUUUAGCUGUAUUAGAUAGGGACGAAAAAGAUAUGGAAAAGGGGUUGAAAUCUGAAUCCGUUGAAGUGGACGAAAAUAAAGUAGAUGAGAAUCUGCCAAAUAAAAUAGGUAAAAAGAAAAAGGAAGAAAAUAAUCAAAAUAGCAUGAAAGAAACAUCAGAAGAGGCAAUGACACAAGAUAUUGUGAUUAAAAAGAAAAAGAAGAAGAGCAAACAUAAAAAUCGAGAAGAAACAAUUAUUGGAGGAACGGAAUCAAACGAAAAUAACCAUUUUAAUGAAGAGAAUAAUUUGCCAGAUGAUCCUACAGAGGUUUUGGAUAAAUCUAACGAAAAACAGUCGAAAAAAAAGAAAAAACGUAAAAUUAACGAAGAUGAUCAUGAAGUAUCGAAACCAGAAGAGCAAUUAGCAGAACAAUCAGAGGAACUACAAUGCAAGAGAAAGAAGAAAAAGAAAUCAAAACAUCGUGAAGAUGAACUUAGUGAAACACAAAAUGUACAAGUUGAGGAAAAUGGCUUACCUAAAAAGAAAAAAAAGAAGAAACAUGUUGAUCAUGAAAUUGAAUUGAGUUAAUUGUGUUUUUAUACUUUUUCAGUAGAUAAUAAAUUCUGUAUCAGAAACAUAUA